AUGUCACUUAACUCUAGUUGGACACCAGACGAAUCGUCUGAAACGCUUCUCGCAGAGAAAGGCUGGUUGCAGGGCACAGUGGUCAGCGCCGUUGCAUAUGGCAUUGUCGUCGCACUGUUCUUCAUGUGCUUCCAUCUCCUUUUCCGGCAGAUGAACCGCACGAACUACAAGAAACUCCUGCCUUUCCUCAUAUACAUCACCACAACUUUUAUCCUCAGCACCCUAUUUAUGGCAGCGCUGGCCGACUUCACGCAACUCGCAUUCAUUCAAUAUCGUAAUUAUCCAGGUGGUCCGAGCGCAUUCGAGAAUCUCAGCAUUCCUAUGGACAAUAUUACGGACGUCUGUGGUGUUCUGACGAUGAUUCUUUCAGAUGCAUUGGUCGUUUGGCGCUGCAUGGUAAUUUACAGAGGGUGUAUGGUGCCAAUGUGGAUCAUCAUGUUGUUCCCUUGUCUGAUGUAUGCUGCAUCCAUCGCUAUGGCUAUAAUGUGGCUGCUUCAAGUAACCACCAGUGCCUCAUAUUUCUCCUCGACUGACAUCGACUACACCAUUCCAUAUCUCACCCUCUCACUCGCACUGAACAUCAUCAUCACGAUCGUUAUCGUACUUCGUCUACUCACAUAUCGCCGUCGCAUUUCCAAAGUUCUUGGCUCUAGCUACGGCACUCAAUACACGUCGAUUGCUGCGAUGAUAGUUGAAUCCGCCGCUCUUUACUCCACGUUUUCGGUGGCAUUUCUGACGCUCUUUGGUCUAAACAAUGCCAUCUCGGAGACCUUUUUGGUGUCGUUGACUCAGGUUCAGAUAAUUGCAAUGUUGCUCAUAGUUUUCCGGGUCGCGCAAGGAAAGGGUUGGUCCGAGGAUACCAUGUCCAGGGUCAUGACCUCGAGGCCCUCGGCGCAAACAACCCGUAUGGGUGAUUUCGGGUACCAUUUGCAGGACGGCUCCAAAACGUUCACCGGUUCCACUGGCACGGGGGCACAUGCGACCUACAAGAGUAAGGAACGCGAUUCAGCGGAAUUGUCUGUGUGA